CCGCCUGUCUUUGCUCUUCCGGUCUUCCGAAACAGUAUGGCGAACCUCGAGCACGCUGAAGACGACCAACAACAUGUGAAAAUGUCCGGUGAAGUGUCCGCCGCCAGUGCUCAACACCAGUCGGCCGAAGUGUCCUCCGUACCGGGCAGAGACGCGGGCGCGGUCCCGUGCUCUAUCCCGUCGUUCGCAGCCGCCUCCGGGCUGCUGUCAGCGCCGUACUCGUGUCUGGUCAUGAGCACGCACCGGAGACACAUCUGCCUGCCGCCCAUGUACCUGAACAAGAAGAGGACAGGUAUACAGGAGGAGCUGGAAGCCGAGCUGCUCCGGUUCUCACAGAGUCUAACAGGAGUCCCUUUGGCGUAUGAAAACAUCAGGAUAGUGAGCCAGCAUGGAGACAUCUUCGACGACAAUGGCUACAUCCACAUGAACAUAGAGGCCAACUUUAUUGUCUUUCAGCCCAAAAAAGGACAGAAACUGCUGGGUACAGUGAAUAAACUAGGAGUAAGCCACGUGGGCUGCCUGGUGCACGGCUGCUUCAACGCCAGCAUCCCCAAACCCAACCUGGUUUCUGUGGAAACCUGGCGCGACGCAGGGCCGAGGAUCGGAACAGAGCUGGAGUUUGAGGUGACUGCACUCGACGCUGAUGCUGUGGGGGUGCUGCUGAUCAGAGGACGACUGGACAGGACCAGGGUGCAGGAACUGCUAGCUAUGGGUGAGAGUUCAGAGUCCGGCUUCACCGCAGACCAGCCAGAACCACCAGCAACUGAGCCGGAGCCCAACCCACAAUCCACAGAGGAAUCUCCCGUCGACACCCCGAAGAAGAAGAAGAAAAAGAAGAAAGACAGAGUCAAAGAGGAGGAGAUAGAAGAGGUCGUCCCAAAUACACCCCCCUGCCAAUUGGAUGGCAACAAAACACCAGAGCUGAACGGAACAAUGGAGGAAGCAAACGGCAAUGAAGCUGGUGAGAAAAAGAAGAAAAAGAAGAAGAAAAAGGAAAAACAUUUGAAAGAAGAGGAGGAAGAGGUUGAGGUGUCCCCUACGGAGGUCCACACCAGUGACUCCAGUGGUUACCUUAGUGACAAGCCAAACAAAAAGAGGAAACAUGAAAGUGGUACAGAUGUCACAUCUAGUUUAAGUGAAGAUCCUGAAACACCUAAAUCAAAGAAGAAGAAGAGGAAAAGCGAUAUUGAGCAGUUUGCCUGAAAAAAAAAUGUGUAUUCUGCUUGGAAAUCAGGUUAAUUGUGUAUAAUAAUUAAGGAAUAUACUGAGGUGCCUUAACAGACAGUUUUUUAGCAAAGCAAGAUCUCCGGUUGGUUCUUCUGAGCUGUUUAAUCAUUUAAACAGAGGGUCAGACUUACGAAAGCGCCUUUCUACAUUCACAUGUUGUCACUUGUGGGAAUGCUCGUGAGAGGAUGAAAGCGGUCCUCAGUCCUCGUUGGACUGCAGUUCCCUUAAACUGCCUGAUGGGGGAGCAAAAACGCUUCAUACAGCCACUCUGGGACACUCCUGUCAGGUCAAUCUCACAUGGUGCUGAGAGUAAAAGGCCAGGUUUUUGCUUUGAAUUUAUGGAACCAAAACAUAAAAAACAGAAAAGAAAAAAACAUAACUUGAUAUAAAUCUUUGUACCUACUUUGGUACAUUUUCUCCUGCUUGGAUACUAAAGGCUACACAACUGAGACUGCCAAGCUCAAUUAAAGAAACUUCUCUUUUUCUCUUGCCUUAUGUGCCUCUGUGCAGUCUUUACAAGGGUUGUCUUGGUAUAUCUACAAUGGAAGGAGAGAGUUUUUUUUUUUACAGCCAAAUAUUUGGAAUUGCAUCAUUUACUGACAAAUGGUGCAGUCAUGAAUUAUUUGUACCGUUUCACUGUUUUCUCUCAGUUUCGCAUUGACAGUUUUCACAUGAAGGUUUGCUGUCUGUCUUUGGCUGAAAACAAGCAGAAGUGGACAUUUAAUAUCCAGUUUUUCCUAAUUAAAGAGCUCUAUAUUUUGA